AUGAAAUGUUUUUCUAGUGUUUUCUCUCAGAGUUCUUUAGUACCAUUAGCGAAAAUUGCCAAUGCACCAUCACGUUCACUGCGUCUAUUAUGGGCAAUUGUUACAGCAAUCAUGUUUAUGGGAUUAUGUGUUUGUAUUAGCUUGGUUGUAAUGCAAUAUUUAAAACAUCAAACCGUGUUUCAAUUAGAUUAUUCCGGUCGACAUACUGUUUAUGAUCAAGUACCCGGUAUUACUAUAUGUCCACAAUCACAAGAAUCAAAAAGAUUAUUUUUAGAUGCAAUGAAACGUUACAACAUCAUGACACAACCUAUGCCAUUACCAUGGUUUAGUAAAUCGGUUAUGAAUCAAUUUCGUGCUAAAGCUAUGGAAAUUCAACCGGAUUUAAAAUUUGGUAUUAUUGUACAUCGUUUACCGAAAGGUGAAUUAGUAUGGAAUACAUCAAAGACGGCUUUAUCACCAAUUUAUAGAAUGUUGUUAAAUUUCAGUGUAGAAUUUCAAAUACAACCAUCUUAUUUAUCGGAUAGUUAUCGAUUGACUGUCAUGGAACAAUCUUUAUUAAUCAACCUUAAUUCUAAUAAAUUAACCAUGUCAAAGCAUUUUGGAGAUGAAUGGAACGAUAAAAAUGGCAUUUUAUAUUUGUAUACAUUUGUUACAAGUUAUGGCGAAUCCCGUACACGUAAAUACUGUCCUGCUGUAAUAGAUAUACACUCUAUAAACAAUUAUUUUGAAUAA